CUCGCACACGUCACGUGACGUAACCCGCAUGGGCCACGUGAGCACGUCGUCCAGUGACGUGUCUUUCGACUAGCAGGUAAGCAGGAAGUGUUCGCUCGAGCGUCGCCAUGCUAACAGACGAAAACGAGGAAGAUGUUGCUCUGUUUGACGCCGAGGAGGACGCCGGACAAAGACUGUCCAAGAAGACAAACAUCAAGCAUCCGGUGGCGUGCUUCUUCCACCUGUUCUUCAGGAUUAGCGCCAUUUUAGUGUACUUGCUAUGUGAGAGGUUGGGCAACGGCUCCAUCGGAGGGAUGGUGGCCAUCAUCCUUCUGCUCUCCUGCGACUUCUGGACCGUCAAGAACAUCAGCGGACGUCUGAUGGUGGCCCUGCGGUGGUGGAACCAAGUGGACGAGGACGGCCAAAGCCACUGGGUGUUUGAGUCGCGCAAGGGGCCGAGGAAAAAGCCAAGUUCUGACUCGGAGGCUCGAAUCUUCUGGCUGGGUCUGAUCGUGUGCCCACUCGUGUGGGUGGUGUUCGCCUUCAGCACCCUCUUUCAGUUCAACAUUAAGUGGCUGCCAGUGGUGCUCAUGGGGCUGGUGCUGCAGGGAGCCAACCUUUACGGAUACGUCAGGUGUAAAGUGGGAGGAAAGACAGACUUCAAAAAUAUGGCCACCAACUACUUUGGAAGGCAAUUUCUCAAACAGACUCUGUCCAAGGCGGAGGAAUCUUAAAAAGAGCAGGGGCUCUCCUGCUUCAGAGUUCCCUUUUGUCAUGAACGGAACACACAUUUUACAUUUUAUUUCUAUUUCUUUUUCCAGUUGUUACUUUUCUUCUCAAGUGUUCAAGGGUGAUGAAAGACUGUUGUCUAUUGUUUCCUCCUGCCACCUACAUUUCAGUUUGUUGCAUGACAUCGUCAUGUAUUUUGGGAUUUAUUUAUGUAAAUAAAUACAAAAAAGAC